GCCUUGUCAGCAUCUCCCCCUCCUCCAUGAAUGUGUCAGGAUGGUGCUUGGUGAUGUCUAAGCCCUCCAGGGCUACCAUUGGCUGGAAGAGAGCCUUGUUGACCAAACAAAGCCUAAGGGUGUGGCCCUUCCUUGUUCCGGGAGGGGCACAUAUGGACAGAUCAGGAAGACUGGUGGAGCACUGGGAGCACCAAUAUGGAGAGGGAGACCUGGAAAUCACAAACACCUACUACUUCUGUAGAAGAGCAGACCUCAAACAACAAAGCAGGGAAGAAGAGGAUGCCCUCUGAGUACAGGCCUGGAGGUAGUGUGAAGAAGGCCAAGAGAAUUAUGCAAGUGAAAAGAUGCCAUCAAGGGAAUGUGAGCAGGAGAUGCUUUCUGAAAGGUCUCAUUCCUUCAAUUAAGUCUAAGAAAGCUAGAGAGCCAGCACUAACCACCUGUCAUCUGAAUGAGACACGGACUGAAAACCAAACUGAACCAAAGAAAAAUCAAGAGAUUGUGAAGAAACCCACCAUUUCUGGUGAUGACCAGGGCAGGCAGAAUUAGGGAGUGGUGGCGGAGACCACAGAAAUCCCUGCAGAAUCUUUAAAGUCUAGUUCAUGAGAAAUGGCUAGUUACUUAGAGACCAAACUAGGCAUCAAUGUGGUACGCUCAUGGUUAUGAGAACAAUAAAAGCCUGUUGUUGAA